GAGGAACUCUUUGCGAUUUUGUAAAUUUUGCAUCACACCGAAGCACGCCCCUUCCUUUUGAUUUGAGAUACAAAUUCGAAAUCUUGGAGGGAUUAAAGGAUCAUCAUACGUGAGGAGAGACUACCUACAAGAGAAAAAAAACAACAAUGUUUUGGGUCUUUUUCUUUGGGGAGAAAGGUCCCAGCCUACCCCUCCCAUAACUCUGUGCAUGUUGUUUAGAGAGCGAGCGUCUAACAUGGCGGGCAUCCCAAGGGUUUGUCAAUCUUCGAUCGCUUUCUUUGGUUUUAAGGGAGCGCGUCAAGGAAAUAUAAUUUUGAAUAGGAUAUCAAAGCACUGGAUCUUUGUCUCUUCGCGAUGUAGAAAAGACAAUGUUGCCGUGACAUUUAAAAGUGGUUUCCCAGUCAUUUCUGUGCCAUUGCCAUCAAGGAGAGAAAGAUGCGAAUUUACUUUGCGUCCAUUAAGUCACACUGUGAAAGAUUUCCUUAAAGAUAUACAAGAGGAAGAUAAGGGGAUUGAAAGAGCCAUGGUUUACAAUGAAGAUGGGUCGAGGAUUUCUGGCAGCACUGGGGUUGAUGUGUUACUGCAGUCAAAUUUUAAGCUUGUGUUAAAUGAAGACUCGUAUCUUGUCUUAGUGCCUGAUGAGAGUAAGCCUCCCAUUGAUGACUUCAGGACAGUUGCGCAUGUGAAAACCUUAGUUCAUCAAAUGUAUAGUGCCAUGAACAUAGAGCAACAUCAGCUGGAAAAAGAACGUUAUCUUAUGCAAGAGUGGGAAAAGUUACAAUUGGAACUCAAGCCACUGGAAGAUCUUAAAGCAGAAAUUGAUCGAAAGUCAGCGCAGAGAACCAAUUUUGUAGUGUGGGGUGGGCUGGGGUAUAUGGCGUUGCAGUUUGGUUUGCUGGCUCGUCUUACUUGGUGGGAGUACUCAUGGGAUAUCAUGGAACCGGUCACGUAUUUUGUGGGAUAUGGAACAGCUAUGGCUUGCUAUGCGUACUUUGUGUUGACCAGGCAGGAAUUCUUAUAUCCAGAUGCCCGAGAUAGGCAGUUUCUUCUGUUUUUCCACAAACUUUCCAAGAGGAAGAUUUUUGAUAUCAAAAGAUACAACGAAAUCAAAGAUGCCAUCAGCAAAAUUGAAGGAAAUUUGCAAGUUCUGCGAAGCCCGCUGUUUCUACACCUUCCAGAAAAUGCUCGAACCGAGCUAUUAGGGAAUGUCGCUGACAAAGACGAUGAAAAAUAACUUGACUGAAAUGAACUCAGAAGUAAUGUGUGUGGUGUUGAAAAAGCUAUCUAGAGAAAUGAAUGGACAUUAAAAUAACGCAAUGAUGUAUAUAGCCUUAUAAACAUGUUAUUUACCUGUCUGUCAGUCGUUGCAAAUCCUAAUUGUCUAAUCUUUAAGUCGUGCUCGUGUUGUAUUUUUGUGCUGGUGGGAUUGCUAAUGUAAUGGCACGUGCACAAGAAGAUUACAGAAUGGACAAAGAAAUCGAGUUCACCCAAGUUCUAGUCGUACCCCCCUCCCGUGUUAGUCAGAUGCACGAGACUGAACGCCCAUGUCAAGGUGGUUGGCCACGUCUUCCAGGGUCUUCCAGCACUUUCCCGCAGUUACGGUUUGACGGUACGACCACUCGAUACCAGUCUCUAAUCAGAUAUUGUUAUUACACAAACGCUCAAAUGAACAAGCUGCGGUCAUCCUCAUGCAAGGCAUGAUAUCUUACCAUAACAACAGUACAACCAGUUAAAAACACCCUUAAUUUGAAAGGGCUGUUUAGUCAAAAACGAGUGCGGUGUCAUUUUUUUUUAUUAAAAAGUAACGGAUGA